GUACAAGUGGGGAAAAAAAGUGCGUCUUUAUUCAUACGCUGAUUGCUGAAUCGCCAUCUUGGAAUUUUUGAAAAGAGUCAGAGGGCUAGACAGGAGCGAUUCGAUCAGUUGUAACCAAGCUGACCGUGAUCGAGAGUGUUUCGAAGCAGUUCGUCGAGUCCCACUGGGGACAAGCUUUCGAUUGAGGAAGUGGAUACCCAAACAGUAAAUCAACAAUGAGCAGCUAUCAGAUGAGUGCCUCUGGUGGCCCAGCAAGGACUAUGGGACCCAGUGGUAGUAACUAUAUGGACCUGUCAGACAUGCCCGUUGACAAUAAACAACAGCAGACCAUGAUGUGGCAGCAGAAUCAGUAUAUGGCGGAUUCUGGAAUUCACUCAGGGGCUACCACACAGGCACCUUCCAUUAGCAGCAAGGGUCAUGGUGAAGAACUUGAGGAUGGCGAUAUGGAUCCAGCCAAGAUGAUGUUUGAUUGGGGACUGGCUGAUCAGUAUCCACCUCAGCCUGAACAAGUGGAAGAUAUCAACCAGCAGUUAAACCAGACCCGAUCCCAGCGUGUCCGUGCAGCCAUGUUUCCUGAGACGUUGCCAGAAGGAGUUCAGAUCCCAUCCACCCAAGUACAUCCAGACCAACCAACUGCAGUUCAGCGACUUGCAGAGCCCUCGCAGAUGCUAAAACAUGCUGUUGUCAACCUUAUCAACUAUCAGGAUGAUGCUGACCUGGCUACAAGAGCCAUCCCCGAGUUGAUCAAACUGCUGAAUGAUGAAGAUCAGGUUGUAGUCUACCAGGCAGCAAUGAUGGUGCACCAGUUGUCUAAGAAAGAAGCUAGCCGUCAUGCUAUAAUGAACUCCCCUCAGAUGGUAGCAGCUCUUAUCCGUGCAAUGGCCAACACAGAAGAUAUUGAAACCACACGCUGUGCAGCAGGUACCUUGCACAACCUUUCACACCAUCGUCAGGGUCUGCUUGCCAUCUUCAAGUCUGGUGGAAUCCCUGCACUUGUCAAGCUUCUUAGCUCACCAAUGGAAUCUGUUCUGUUUUAUGCAAUUACAACACUGCACAAUUUGCUUUUGCAUCAAGAGGGCUCAAAGAUGGCUGUUCGAUUGGCUGGUGGUCUGCAGAAAAUGGUGGCAUUACUGCAAAGAAAUAACAAUGUUAAAUUUUUGGCAAUUACCACUGAUUGCCUGCAAAUUUUGGCAUAUGGCAACCAAGAAAGCAAGCUCAUAAUCCUUGCAAGUGGAGGACCAGCAGAACUGGUGCGCAUCAUGAAGUCAUACACAUAUGAAAAACUCCUAUGGACUACCUCGCGUGUUCUGAAAGUACUGUCCGUCUGUCCCAGUAACAAGCCUGCCAUUGUAGAGGCUGGUGGCAUGCAGGCCCUUGCAAUGCACCUUGGUCAUCAAAGCCAGCGACUGGUACAAAACUGCCUGUGGUCACUAAGAAAUUUGUCUGAUGCUGCUACAAAAAUGGACAACAUGGAAGGACUGCUUCACAUGCUUGUCCAACUGCUAGCUUCAAAUGACAUCAAUGUGGUCACCUGUGCUGCUGGUAUUUUGUCUAACCUUACAUGCAACAACCAACGCAACAAAGUGACAGUUUGUCAAGUUGGGGGCAUUGAAGCUCUUGUUCGCACGGUAAUGCAAGCUGGAGAUCGAGAAGACAUCACUGAACCUGCAGUAUGUGCUCUUCGUCAUUUGACAUCCAGACAUGUUGAAGCAGAGAUGGCGCAAAAUGCAGUUCGUCUGCAUUAUGGCUUGCCAGUUCUGGUGAAACUUUUGCACCCACCUAGUCGUUGGCCUCUCAUCAAAGCUGUUGUGGGACUGGUGCGUAAUUUGGCUUUGUGCCCUGCCAAUCAUGCUCCUCUUCGUGAACAUGGAGCGUUGCCCCGCAUUGUUCAGCUUUUGAUUCGAGCUCACCAGGACACACAGAGACGUGCUUCUAUCAGCUCUAAUGGCCCUCCUUUGACGGGCUAUGUUGAUGGUGUUCGAAUGGAGGAAAUUGUAGAGGGUACUGUUGGUGCACUUCACAUCUUGGCUCGUGAGGCACACAACCGUGCCGUCAUUCGUGGUCUGAACUGCAUUCCACUGUUCGUGCAGCUGCUGUAUUCGCCUAUCGAGAACAUCCAGCGUGUUGCUGCUGGAGUGCUGUGUGAGCUAGCAGCUGAUAAAGAAGGUGCAGAAAUGAUUGAACAGGAGGGGGCAACUGCUCCAUUGACUGAACUGCUUCACUCUCGCAAUGAGGGUGUAGCUACUUAUGCUGCUGCGGUUCUGUUUCGCAUGUCUGAGGACAAACCUCAGGACUAUAAAAAACGCCUAUCUAUGGAAUUGACAAGUUCAUUGUACAGGAGUGACAUGAACUGGGCUGAGCCACCUGGAUUUGAUGAUGUGGGCUUAAUGCCCACAGAAGAUUCUCGAGACAUGUAUGGGGGUCAUCAGGCACCACCCCAUCAUGGCAGCCAGGGCAGUAUGUACAGUGGCUCUCAUACAGAUAUGCAUGGUCGUCCCCCUGGUGGUUAUGAUCAAGUGCCUGUCAAUUCAAUGCAAGGGCUAGAUCUUGGUGGACCUGGAGCAGCAGGAGGAUACAGUGGCCACAUGGACAACUUGCCUGAUUUAGGCCCAGCCUCAGAUCUAAAUUUUGACAGCAUUGACCCCAAUAUGUCUGGUGCACAUGGCGAUGGAGCACCAGCAAUGUGGUUUGAUACAGAUCUGUAGAGUGAUACGUCAACUUCACUCCAAAAUGGAACAGCUGUUAAAUGUUGUUUGUGAACACCUAGUAGCAAUCAUAUCACAGCCACAAGUACAUCCAUUUUUAGAAAUAAAUCAUGCACGUCCUCAAAAACUGGUCCAGAACAUAUUGCCCGCAACCCCUUCCCACUGUAUAAACCACUCGGACCUUGGUGAUUGGUGACAGGGUUAACUGUAUUUGUUCUAUACCCACUGAUUGUGUGUGCGUGCGUGUCUUAGUACCGCACAUAAAAAUUGUGUAUUGUUGCGUCUGUCCAUAUUUACAGUCUGCAAGUGGGUAGGUCAAGGUUGUGUAUCCCCAAUUUGAUCAUAUCUGUUGUGUGUGUGUGCAUGCGUGUGAUAUAUAAUAUUUUUUAAUUGCAUUUUCCUUCAUUUUUUUUUUUUCUUUUGAGCCUUUGAUGGACACUUGGACCAAUUUCAGUUCAAACAAUAUUAAACCUGCCCACUUUGAUAAAAAGAAUUCAUUGUAAGUUUAUUGCAUUGAUCCUUGAGGAUAAAGAUCAAAUCGUCAUUUUUGGAAGCUCCUUACAAGUAAUCUCUGAUAUUGAUGCAUUUAUUUGCCAGAUUUUUAUUUGAUGAUCAACAAGCUUUUUCAAAAUAAAUUUCAUUGCACAAAACCUGUGAAUAGUUCACAUCUAGAACUCUGGUCAUUUUUCUUGUCUACUAGCAGUGUUAUUGUGGAUAGUGGAUGGGAAGGGAGAGGGUGAUUUGCUGCAUGCAUCUGUAUUUAUGUCGAGAUAUAAAAAUUGGAUGCAGAGGAUUUGAGGUAGCCAAAGUGAGUUGACAAGCAGAGAAGGCUGUUUAAUGCUAUCCUUCCUGUAUAUACCAAUCUUUUUUGUAAUAAUUUUUACGCCCAUUUUAAUAGUCAGCAAAUAGCCAUUUAUUUUGACUUGGCAUGUCCAUCGGCUAACAUUGACUGGGAUGGUUUUCUUUUGUAGACGGUGCAUGUUCAUCUUAAUAAAGAUUUUUUAAAACCUUAA